GCAAGUUUUUAAGGCGACUUCUCAUCAGUCGUUGCCGAAAUUUUAAACAAGACGGUCACAAAAAAGGAAGAAAUUAAUUUUGAUUUAAUUCUUUUUUUUUAAGAAUUUCAUUACAAAAAGUCUCGACUCAUUAAAAAUUGUGGAAUUAGAGGAAAUACUUGUAAAGUGUAAACAAUUUUUUUGAAAAAGGAUAAAAAAAAUUGUUUGAAGUGAAAAGAAAAUAAUUUUAAAAAUUAAUCUUGGAUAUGUAAAAAUAAAUUAAGUGAAUAAAAAUGAAAGAGGUUUCAAUAUUUUUCUUUAAAACAUACUUGUUCAUUGUGCCAAUAUCAUUGUUAGCAUUAGCUGGAAUAUGGGCACUAAUUUGGUGGACAUACUACAACUUUAAAUCUGUGAUACAAAUUAUUUACAAUGUAAUCAUACCGAAAAUCAUUCGAAAAUUAGAUAAAAGUUUGCCGGAAAAAUAUGGAAGAUGGGCAGUGAUAACUGGAUCAACAGAUGGAAUUGGCAAACAGUAUGCCUUUGAGUUAGCUAAACGUGGAAUGAAUAUUGUUUUAAUAUCAAGAACGGAAUCAAAAUUGAUCGAAGUUGCACAAAAAAUCGAGUCAACGUACUCGGUAAAAACAAAAUACAUAGCAGCUGAUUUCGGUUCAGGAAAAGAAAUUUACGAGGAAAUCAAGCAGAAAUUGCAGAUGCUCGACAUUGGAAUAUUGGUGAAUAAUGUUGGUAGAAUGUAUGAUUUUCCUGAUGAUCUGGAUAAUGUGCCAGAAGAUUUGCUGUGGCAAAUUAUCAACAUUAAUGUAGGAGCGGUUACGAUGAUGUCACGAAUGGUUAUACCACAAAUGAAGGUCAAUCGAAGAGGAAUCAUUGUUAAUAUCUCAUCAGGUUCUGAAUGUCAGCCAACCCCACUUAUGACUGUUUAUGCAGCCUCAAAAACAUACUUAAGAAAUUUCACACUAGCAUUAAACAAAGAACUUGAGGAGUCCAAUGUUGAAGUGCAGCUUGUGACACCAAUGUUUGUUCAAACAAAAAUGAACAACUUUUCUUCAUCUGUGAUGGAAGGAGGUCUCUUAAUUCCUGAUGUUGAAACGUAUACGAGUGCGGCUGUAUUUACGUUAGGAAAAAGCUCAGAAACAACGGGAUAUUGGUGCCAUGGACUUCAGAAUGGAGUUAUGAAACUUUUGCCGGUUCACCUUAGAACGAUUUGCGCAUUUAGAAUGAAUAAGAAGUUUAGAGACAGCUAUCAUGAACAAUUUACUGUGUAAAAUAGAUAAUUAAGUUUAGUUUUUUAAGACGGAAAAUUUAUGAAAAAUAAAUUGCAGACUUUAAGACAAUUUACAUAGCAGACUUAAGUACUUUUAAUUUCCG